CGCAGCGCAAGCCGCAAAGGCGAGCCUCGGCACUAAAACACUCGCGCAGGGCUGCAUCUGCGCAAACAACAACGCCAUAGCCUGCUACAAGAAAUGCGGCGGCCCGUUCCCGACACUAAGCGACUGCACCCUCCACGUCGACCCGCGGCCCUUCCCUACUAAGACGCUCCCGCUUCAGACACUGCCUAUUCAGACGCUCCCAAUCCAGACGCUUCCAAUUCAGACGUUGUCAACUCGGACGCUCCCAAUCCAGACGCUCCCGUUUGAAACCGUCUCCAUACUUCCGCUUAUUCCAGCCGCGACGCUCCCCGUGAAGACGCUCCAGCCCGCAACACUUGCGACGCUCCCGGUGCUUACGCUCCCCGUCAUCGAUCCCGUGCAGACGCUGCCCAUCCAGCCCAUCGGGCCGCUACCGAUCCAGACAUUCGUGCCCGAUCCCGCACCAUUUGAUCCUUUCCCGGGUGCCCACUAGCUGGGCAGGAGUGCGUGAGAAUCCCGGGCGCGUCUUGCGGGCCCGAGGCCGAUUGUGGUGGCAUUUGCAUGUUCAAG